AUGGCAUACGCCUUGAUACUCCAAAUCCUGCAGACUGUUUUCGGUGUGUUGGCUAUGAUAGGCAAUGGUAUAGUGGUUGUGGUCAUCUACAAAGUGCCUUACAUGCACACCAUCACCGACGCCUUCAUCUUCAACCAGGCAGCGAUUGACUUUGUCGGGUCGCUCUACCUCAUUCUGACGGUCAACAUUCCGCGUCCUGACAGCUAUCCAGACACUCCAUGGUUCCUCUUUGUUUGUGUAUGGUACCGCUCUCUCUGGGCGUUCUACAACUCGUCCACCAUCAACCUUCUCGCGCUGAUAUGCGAGCGCUACAUCGCGCUGGUCUUCCCGACAAGGUACCUCAAGUUCUACGCCAAGCGAGCAAUGGUUGCCAUGGUGGUUGCCGUGUGGCUCUUCGGGCCGUUGACUAUCGGGCUGUACCUAGCAGCGACAGUCAAAUUCGAGGAUGCUCGCUGUUUCAUAACCCCCUCUGAUCUUGCCAGGGUUUGGAGCACCAUUCUCAUUGUUGUGACGUUUGUUCUCCCUACUCUCGCGAUGAUGUUCGUCUUUGGCCACAUUUACGUGAAGCUGAGACGCACCAGACAAGACCACACCAAUGACGACACUACUACUUCGUCCGAAGAGCAACUGCAGCCCGUGCAUCGAGCCCGUCGCAUCGCCCUGAAGACCCUCCUCUGCGUCUUUGUCAGCUUCUUUGUUUGCUGGACCCCCAUCCAGACCGUAUUCCUGCUGUUCAACUUUGGCUUGUUUGUGAACCUCAGCAGUACCGGGCCCCUCUCGGUUCUCGUGUCAGCCAACUUGGGCAUAAACCCCGUCAUCUUUGCCUUCAAGUACAAACGGUUCAGACGAGCCUUGUCCUCCCUGGUUCACGGCACACCACUCAGCGAGAAUCAAAAUCUUCAGCAGUCGGACGCCAUCACUCUUCAAUCCACAGCUGACGUGACCACACCCGGGCCCAAGAUCUAA